UACAAUCGAGUAUCUUCAACGUAUAUUAAAAAAUCCUGCUAUUAGGCCUCAAUUAUAUUUUGGGCCGGGUGUUCUCUCUGAAUUGUGUGAAGAAUUAUGGGAGGGUAAUCUUUGGGCAGAAUCGCCCCUCUUUGGUCAGUCUGAGGUAACAAUAUCACAAGGCUCUUUCAAAUGCGGUGAUUUCGUUCAAUAUUUUUUUCAAAAUUCUUUGGAACAUGGUCGAAUACAAUCAUUUGUAAUUCAUAAUAACUUGAUGAAAGUUCAAAUGCAGAGAAUAGUUCCUUACAACAAGAUUCCACAAAAUUUAUAUUCAGAAGAACGUUUAUUACGUGCACAACAAGAAUGGUUUUUGGUGGAAGAACCAAGUUAUUAUAUCAUAGAGCCAUCAUCUUUAAUUCGAAAGAUUAAAGUUUGGCUUAAAGACCAACAACAACCACCAUUUUUUGAUUUAUCUAUUAAUGAAAUUUUAUAUAAUUUUAAUGGACAGUGGAAAAUUCGCUCUAUCAAAUUUCGUAACCAACAUCCAGCUGAAUAUAUAUCAAUAAAUCUACCACCUAAUCCCGCUAUGCCUGUUUUAAAUUUUUUUUUGGAUCUGUACUAUGAUAACUUUUGUACUUUUCGCAAUGUUUAUCACGCGUUAGGUGGAAUCUAUCUACAGAUUGGUAAUAUGCCGCGUCAAAUGAGAAAACAAUUACGCAAUCAUUUUGUUAUUGGUUUUGUACCUUUUGGAGGAGAUACUCGAGAUUUUAUUAAACCUUUUCUCGAAGAAAUUAAAAAACUUGAACAAGGUUUUGUGAUAAAUUUACAUGGAAUAGAUUACUGGAUAACUGGAGGAUUAGGUGUUUUUACGGCGGAUCUGCCUCAGGGAAACGAUAUUGCUGGAGUUUUACGCCAUAAUGCAUAUAGAGGUUGUCGUGCAUGCAAGGCACCUAAAGAUCAAUUAACUAAUCUUUCAUAUGAUAUAUAUUGUCAUGGUCGAUACCACCAAAUAACAGAUAAUGAAUUCCAACAUAUAAGUCACCAAACAUCAAAUAAUUUAAAAUCUCGUCUUUGUUCUCAAUAUGGACUACGUUCGCCUGGACCAUUAGAUCCACUAUUACAUGAUCGUCACCUGCAUACACCCCAAGAUGCAUACCAUGCAGUUGCUGGAAAAAUAGCUCGACUACUCGAUU